GCAUCCUUGACGAUGACAGAGGCAGAUCUCUCCAAGCUGCCGGGCAUUACUCAGGCCAUGGACAAAAGCGAGUUCUUGGACGUGUUGAGAAAGUUAAUCGCAGAGUCAAAGCACCUGCAGAACAAUCCACGUCUGGGCAUACAUCCAGAGGAGAAGCGCGCCGCGAGCGUCGUCAUGAAGGAGCUGGAGGCCUUCUCUACUCGUGCUGGCGGUCCCCUGGUGGUGGAGGAGCUGGAGUACGUCCCCGGCCGAUCCAAUGUCAAGGUCACAUACCCUGGCUCUGGAUCCGAAACCACGGCGUUCGUGGGGAGCCACUUCGAUGUUGUUCCAGCAGACCCAGAGGUCUGGUCUAAGGACCCCUUCCAGCUCACGGUGGAGGGCGACCAGCUUUUCGGCAGAGGAACCACCGACUGCCUAGGUCACGUUGCGCUUUUGACCUGCUUCCUGCGCGAGCUGGGGCGCACGAAGCCGCCUUUAAAACGGGGUAUUGUGGUGGUCUUCAUCGCUGCCGAAGAAGGUGGCGAGAAGGGAAUCGGAGUGGAUGCGGUGCUGAAGAAUGGAAAGCUAGAGGAUGCCAAGAAGGGCCCCGUGUACUGGGUCGACUCUGCAGAUUCAAAUCCUUGCUGCGGCACUGCGGGAGCAUUGUCAUGGUCUCUGAAAUGCAGGGGGCGCUUAUUCCACAGCGGCUUCCCAAACAAGGCGAUCAACUCCAUCGAGCUUGCCAAUGAGGCCAUCGCCUUUCUUCAAGAGCGUUUCUACAACGACUUCAAGCCGCUGCCAGAGGAGGAGCUUUACUCCUUCGUCACAGGGUCGCACAUGAAGCCCACUCAAAUCGAGUGCAGCAAGGGCUCCUUCAACCAAAUUCCUGCAGAGACCACCGUCCAUGGCGACAUCAGGCUGUCUCCCUUCUACGAGGUGGAGGAUGUUGUGGAGCACAUCGAGCGGUACGUCCAGGAGCUGAAUGACGACAUGGAGUGUCUGAUCAGUGCGGCUCGAGGUCCUUGGAGCAAGUUUGUUCUCCCAAAGGGGGUGCAGGUGCAGGAUGGCGAAGUCAGCCGCGCGAAGGUGGAGCUGAAAUGGAUGGGCGACAUGGACACCUUUCGGCUUUAUGCUGGCUUGGCUGUCAAGCUGGAGUCUGAUGGUCACAAGGCCCUGGUGCAGGCCUUCCGCGAGAGCAACAAAGGUGUGCAGCCCUUCAGCAUCAACGGCUCGCUCCCGUUGGUCAAGAUGAUGCAGAAGGCUGGCUUCGACAUACAGAUGUGCGGCUUUGGCAAGAUGUCCGUCUAUCACGGCGUCAACGAGUACUGCACACUGUCGGAGAUGAUGAAGGCACACGAGGUCAUCGUUCGCCUGGUGUGUCUUCUGGAGAGCGUUGCAAAGUGA